AUGACCCUUUACCGUCGCGAUCUGAUUCUAGCUGGCGUCGGUGGAUUUAUCGCAUGGGGCCUGGUAGUUCGCUGGCUGCCGUUCCUUCGAUAUCUAGGAUGGGCCGUGGCGCUGGGCGCCGCCCUCUCAUCCGCUGGUUUCCUCGCUCUCGUUGUCUUCACCGUCCGAAGUACUGCGAGAAGUGCUCGCAGUUCAAAAAAUGUCUCAGUGGCGUUCAUCACUCCCAAGAACUGGCGGAAAGAAGUGUUCAAUGCGCGGAAGACGGCCCGAUACCAAAGAAAACCAUUAUACCCCGAAUCCUUUGUCGUGUCAGAAGGACUCGACGAACUGUUUUCGUUCAUAACGCGAGACUUUGUAUCGUCGUGGUAUCAUAAUAUUAGUCCCAAUCCGACCUUCCCAAAUGAAAUCGAUCGAGUGAUCCGCGGGGCCCUCGAAAACCUGCGAGAUCGACUGCUGGCAGAAGAUUUGAUCUCUUUGAUCAUAUCGCGCAUCGUCCCGAUAUUGACCACUCACCUCAAGGAGUUCGAUGUGGCGGAGCGUUUAGUCCGUGGGCGAAAUCUGGAUCGAAAUGUGACGGAAUCCGAAGAGCUAGAUCGCGCCAUCGCCAACAAGUUCCGCGAAGGUCGUCUUCAUCCUGCAGCGGCUCUUUCGGCAUCUGAUCCCAAGCUUGUACAGCAGGAGUAUCUUCGAAAGAUAGCCGUGACCCUCUCCCCGCAGCUGUUUCCAGAAAGCGUCCUCAACAGUAGGAUCGUUUCGGUCUUGAUCCAUGAAAUCAUCUCGUGCGCGGUGCUCAUACCCAUCAUGACAGCGUUGUCUGAUCCGGAUACGUGGAAUCAGCUGGUGGAAGCAUAUGGACGGACCGCUUUGCAGGACCGAAAGACCGUUCGUAAGCUGCGCGCUGCGCUGGACGAGCACGCAUCCCCAGCCCCAAAAUCCAAGCGCGGUCAGCCAUUUCCGCGACUGGCUGCGAAUGAUUCGGAGCGAGUCUUUGAACGGUUCGUCCGAGCUAUCAGAAGAUGUAACAAUCUGUCAGAUGCUCGUCGGUUCCGCGCAGCGGUUGUCAGUCAAUUGAAGCGGGAGAGUAUGGUUGCGGGACAAGAUCCGGUCUAUCUUAAACGCCUAGAAACAGGCAAACGAGUCCUCGACCAGAAGGUUGCAAAUCUCGCUGUCCCUGGGGGUAUCCCCUCCACCCCACCCAUACCUCAGGUCGCAGUGAAUGCGCCUCAUACCAAUCCCCCAAUAGCGAAGGAGACAGCCCUUGCGGAUGUGCUCCACCAGGCAUCGGGCCUCUCCUACUUUAUGGAGUUCAUGGAUCGCCAGAAAUUGAUGUCUCUGGUUCAAUACUGGAUCGUUGUAGAUGGGUUCCGCAACCCGCUGGAGGACGACUUUGGGGACGAAGCAUCGCCGUCAUCUACAGCAUGGAGUACUUCUGAUCGAAAUGACAUUGCUCUCCUCAGUGAAACUUAUCUCAACAAGCCAGAGCUGAAAGUGUCCGACGAGUCUCGCAAAGCAGUCAAGACCUUUCUCAGUGCUGGGAAGCGCGCGACCGCGGAGCAGUAUCGCAAGGCCCGCAGAGUCGUGUUAUCGACACAAUCCGCCGUACUGGAAGAACUGGAGGCGAAUUUCUACCCGAAAUUCAAAGAGUCGGAUCUUUAUUGGAAAUUUCUUGCGUCGGAUGAGGCCUCUGGCUCAAACGCCGCGGCUAAACCUCCAACACCGACCGUUACAUUCGAACCUCCCGAGCGACGACCUUUACCACCUCUCAUUGUACGAACAAGCUCGCAGCCGGGAACUAGACCGCCAAGGGACCUUCGACGGGCAGCCGUCUCAUCGAGCGACGUGCGUGGCAUGGGCAAGCUUUUCGAUGACGACGAUUCCCGGCGACGGUCAAUCGAUUCCGACCGAUCAGUACCAUUAUUCGACGAUGACUACGACACUGACAACAUGGCCAUGUCUACCAAUAGCUUGAAUAAAGACUCGCCGAACGGGGAGGCUGAAGCAUCCCAGAGCCAUGUCCUUGAAACGAUGGAGGCAGCUCUAAACGACAUCAUCACGAAUGAGCCAAAGAAUGCACGUGUGGAUGACUUGAAAGGAAGCACCGAUGCUACAUCCUCAUCCUCUCUAUUUGGACCAGAGCGUCCUGAAAUUUCACCUCGUAAUUCAUCAGAGGUCCCCUUAGGCGACAAUAUUCUCUUUGAGAAGACUGAGAAAAGCAAGAAGAGCAUCGCAUCACUCGGUCUUGUCGGCAAUGGACGCUUCGGCGUUUUCGACGACGACCUUUUCCCAGACCAGGAGAAGUUCAUCGAGGACGAGUACGAGGAGCCAGUUGACGACGCGGAUAAAGAUUCUGCAGACGAAGUCCAUGAGGCGGCACCCGGUGAUUUGGGCUUGACCGAGGCAAUCGAAGCGUUGACAGUCGACAUUGAGAAACUUACAUCUCAAGACUCGGUCGUGGAAGCAUUGACCCGCAAGGCCGAAUUGACGAACAACACUGCCGAAUUGCGCAUCCUACGCAAAUCCAAGGCGAGCAUCCAGCGAGAAAUCCACCGCAAGGAGAUGCAGCGGCAGCAGUAUAUCAUCCAAGAAGGCGAUAACAGCUUAUAUGGUCGAUCGACUGUGCGAAUCAAAUCAAUCAUGGUAGGCAACGAGCCAACUGAUGGUCGGGAAUUUGUUAUGUAUGUCGUCGAAGUCCAGCGCAACGCAGGCGAACAAAUGCCCGCCGCAUCAUGGGCCGUUCCGCGCCGCUACAGCGAAUUUCACGAACUACACCAAAAACUCCGCAACAGCUACGCAUCCGUGCGACACCUCGAAUUUCCCCGCCGCCGCAUGGUCAUGAAACUACAAAAGGAAUUCCUCCGCAAACGCCGCCAAGCCCUAGAAUCCUACCUCCAACAACUCCUCCUCCUCCCAGAAGUCUGUCGCAGCCGAGCCCUGCGCGCAUUCCUCUCGCAAAGCGCCAUUCUCCCCCGCACAGACAGCACCACCCACGCCGAAACCGAAACAAAAGACCUCGUCUCGCGCAUAUAUAGCUCCGUCGCAGACGGCAUGGACGAUUUCCUCGGCAACUUCGGCGUUCUGGAUCAAUUAUCAACAGCAGGCCAGAAUCUGAUUUCCGCCGCUACAGCAACACAAGGAUUGGCAUCGGCGUCAGCGUCGGCGUCAGCAGUCCCACUAGGCUCAAACGCCGUAACAAGCGCCGAAGCUGAAGCCGAACUCAACGCCUUCGAAGACAGAGACCUAGAACCCUUCAUCAAACCAAUCUGCGACCUAUUCCUCGAAACCUUCGAACUAAACCGGGGCAACAACUGGCUCCGCGGCCGAGCCGUCGUCGUCGUUCUCCACCAAUUACUCGGCGGAACAAUAGAGCGCAAAGUCCGCGACGGCGCACGCUCUCUAGGCCAAAAUGAAAAUCUGCUCAAAUACAUCUCUCUAGCGCGUGAUGCGCUCUGGCCAGAUGGAACGUUACGCAAAUUUCAGGCCCGAGCUGGUGCGGAGAAGUUGAAAAGUCGCGCUGAGGCUACUGUUGUGCUUGCUACGCUGCUCCCGGAUUUGGCGGGGAAUGUGGUGGGUAGGGCUAAUGCGCAGGCUGCGGCUAGGCGGAUAUUUGCGACGCUUAAUAAUAGGCAUCUUAAUGCUCAUUUGGCCUUUUCGGUUUUGGAUGAGAUUGUUUUGGUGCUUUUUGGCGCGGGUGGGAGGGGGAGGUGA